AUGGUCAAACUGAACUCCAGGAUAAAAAACGAGAUCCAGAAGCUGUAUAAUGCAAGGUACGAGGUCAGGAUGAUCGAGGGCACCCACACACAGAUGGAAGUCCUUAUCAAUGGCCCUGCUGACUCACUGUACAGCGGUGCAAAAUACAUCGUUGGCAUCCUGCUUCCUGACAGCUACCCGUUCAAAAGCCCGUCAAUAGGAUUCAAAACACGCAUCUUCCACCCAAACAUCGACGAAGCAAGCGGAUCAAUCUGCCUCGACGUCCUCAACCAGAUAUGGUCUCCAAUCUACGACCUGUUCAACAUCGUCGAUAUCCUUAUUCCACAGCUGCUUACAUAUCCAAACCCCUCAGAUCCACUCAACUGCGAAGCCGGCUCGCUCUAUCUGACAAACAGAGAAAAGUACAACGAAGUCGUAAGAAUAUAUGUCAAGCAAUACGCAAUCCCAAUAGCCAAAGAAUCCUCCGGCUCAGAUCCGCAUGCAUGCCUGACCGAUGACGAAAGCAUGGAAAUAUAA